GGUAAAGUCGUCCACACAUGGUGGCUACAGUAUCUCACCGGUCUGGUGGGAGUCUCAACACUUGGAGCAUCCAUCACGUUCGGCGUCCUCACGACGUCUACCGAAGCCGGACCGUCAUCCAGCCCUUUUGCCCCAGGCACUGUCCGGACCUUUCUUGCGACUGCUUUCCUCCUCUUCCUCGUAGUAAUCGGCCUGGGAAACAUGGUGUUCUUCCUCCUGUUCUUCCACGAGAAAGAAUACUUUGGAACCGAUGAUGCAUUCAAUCAGAGAGUGAGGAUAUUGUGCAUACCGGGACAGUUCAGGACAUGGCUUCAUUUCUGCAACCUCUUGAUCACCACGACUAUGCUGGCGGCCUUUGUGGUUUUGGCGUUAGUGAUUGUGGCGUACUCUCAGAAGGUCGGAUGGGUCGCGGUGGGA